UAUAAAAUAUUUAUAAAUAUUUAUGAUAAUAUUUUAUGCUAUCUUUCUGGGUUAUGUUGAAAUUAAAUUAAAAUAGAUGUGACAUUUUAAAAAAUUACUCGUUAGCCACCAAAAUAAUAAGUCUAUUAUAAGCACAUGUAAUAAUCGUAAUAUUUAAAAAAAUUUAUCAUUUUUUUAUAUACUUAUAAAUAAACAAAAGAAUCUCUAUGAAAAUGAAUCUGAUUUAUAUGUCAGAAAAACUUUGAUGUUUGAGAAGUAGACUAAAAAAUCAGUGUAAUUAUUUGAAACAAGCUUGCGUUUAUAAGAUUUUUACCAAACGACUUGUGAUCUUCAAAAGUUCGAAUGUAGCCUUCUUUUCACCUCUUAGUUAAUAAACGGUAAAUGAUUAACAUUUUUAAUAUCUAUUUUAUAAAUUAACAUACGUAAGAAUAAAUAAUUUAAAAAAUAACUUAAAAAAAACAUCUUAUAUGAAACUUCAACCCCCAAAUUAAGAUCAUAAUUAAACGUGCUAAUAAGCAGAUAUGAAGCAACCACUUCUAAAUUUUAUAUAAAGUGGGAUAAAGAAAAUUGAAACGAAGAAUUACGUUACUAACAAAACAAAAUUUGAAUGAAAAAAGUUUAACUUUUCUCGUAGAAAUAGCAAUAUUAUUUCGAAAUUGCGAGACAUCGUAGAAUUUUAUUAAUUGUUGCCUGCAACGCGAUUCCGCUAAAUUUCCAUAUCAGUUUUCCAAGUGAAAAAUUCAACGCGCCGAAAAUUCGCCGAUGAUUUCCGGCGCAACACGACCGUCUCUCGUGUUAUAUACACGCGAUCAUCCGUCCAUCCGUCCGUCCGUCCGUCUGCGCGCGCGACGAACAUGCGGCCGCGGAGGGUCGUGCACUUGAUAUUGAAGCGGCUUCGCGGCGCUUCGGUCGCGCUCGGCCGUCUCCGGGUGUUCUCGAUGAGUCGCGGUACGCAGCGCACGUUACCACACGGCUGCUGGACCGGCGGUGGGGCGGGGAGGGGUGGGGAGGAGGCGGCCGUCGUCGCCGCCGCGCCGCGAAGUCUCGCGAUAAACGGCGCUGCCACCUAGCGGCGCGAUACACCUCCCCGUGAACCGACGUUCGCGGUGCGGUCGCCGCCAGUCGUUGCACGACGGGGAGUCGUCAGUCGUUUCACGAGUGGUACCAACCGCGGGUUGUUCGCGCGUGCCGCCGUCAAGCAAGCGUGGCGUCGCUCGCGCCCGUGUGUGUGUCUCGCGUCUCCGUCGCGCUUUUCAACAAUAAACGUUUCGCGUCUCGCGUCUCCACGACGGAGUGCGCGGCGCCGUCUCGGCACACGCGAGACGGGACGUCGCGUUCGCGUUCACGUCAGUGAUACACAGUAUCGAGUAUCCGCGCGCACUCUUUCUCUCGCGUGCAGCGGCGCCGCUGGUCGUCGCCGUUGCCGCCGCCGCCGUUGCUGCUGUUGGUCGUCGGAGUGGAGUCUCUCCGUGCCUCCUCCGAGAUCGCAGUGUUCGUUUCGUCCACGCCCGUUUCGCUCCGUUUCGUUCUCGCGCGGCGCGGCGCGAGAGAGAGCAGCCUGCCAAGCUUUCUUUCUUCCCGUCGACGAGCCAACCGAUCUAUCGCCCGCGCAAGUAUGACAAUCCGCCGGAGAGCGGCGAUGUAACGUCGCCGCGCUGUGACGUCACGCACGUCGGGUCGCGUUAAUCGAGGAGUGCGCGCACACACGCGUACGCGCCAACGUAUACAUGUAUAUACACGCCGAACGUACUCCUCGGCACCGGAGUACCGGACCCUGAGCGAACAGAGUGCGCGCUCGCGCGCGCGCGCGCACGAGCUCUCCGACGUCGACGUCGUUGUCGUCGUCGUCGUCAUCGUUAUCGUCGCUCGCUACGUCUCUAUCUCCUUCUGCGUCCCCGCUGCAUACACGUACACACACGCGCGCGCGCGCACGCUCACCCGUUCGUUAUACGCAAUACGUGGACGGAGAGCAAGAGAGGCAGGAUAGAGAGUGAGAAAGAGAGAGAGAGAAACAGCGCGCUCGCACGGCGUACGUACGUGUGUACGUGUUGUUGCGUGCACACGGUGAGACAGAGCGAGAGACAGGAGGAAGGACAGACGGACAGACCCCGCUGGUAAGAUCGCGAGAAACAUCGGAGCCGUCGGGGACGAAAGAGCGGGAGCUCCGUGGGAUAGACAAGGACAGCAAGAGCGUCAGAAGAGAGAGAGAGAGAGAGAAAGAGAGACACAGGUACACGCAUACAUAUAUGCGCUCACGCCGUGAGCAGCGCGGAGUCGACGGGGGAAAGGGGAGCGACGAGGGGGAAGGGGAGGAGGCGGGCGCGCGGCGGGACGUUACUUGCGUGUACUGUCCGGCAGCAGCGCCCGCCGCCGCCGCCGCCGCCGCCGCGAAAAGGAUGAGAAGAACGGCGAGGCCGCCGGCAGCCGCGGGACAACGCUACGGCUGGUACACCGCGACCAGUUAGACCCUUCUGGAAAGGCUCGCUCGCUGGCGCGCGCGGCGCGGCGCCUCGUCGAGACGUCGUCGUCGUCGUCGAUCGUCGUUGUCAGCGUCGCCGUCGUCGUUGCGCCGCGCACGCGGUGUCUCCGCCGACGCACGUGUGCGAAGCGGAAUUAUUAUAAAGGAGAUAAGCCGGACGUGUAUCAACCAACCCGUGGCGCCCUACUGUGUUUUUCUGCGGAAAGAGCGAGGAUAAGGAAGACGAGGAUCGAUCCGGCUCGUCGUCGACGCUCGUUCGACGCAAAAAAGCCCUUGAACUUGGCGAGAGAGGAACUUCGGCAGGAUCAACUGGAUUCACAACGGCGGAACGAGAAACUUGGUCGCUUCGAGCUUUCGUCUCCGGCUCCGGGAAGAGCUUGAGACAAAAACGAAAACUUCGAGAAAAGGAAGGAAGGAAGGAAGGAAGGCAGGCAGGCAGGCAGGCAGGCAGGCAGGCAGGCAGGAAGGAAGGAAUCGGAGGAGGAGGGCCCGGCUUCGGGGAAGAGACACUCCCAUCGCUCGUGCUCCGGGCCCAUCCCGGCGAGACGAGUGUAUUGCGCUCUAUCUCUCGAUAGAGAGAUCACGCCAUCGCUCUCGUUCAAAGACCAAAAUCGAAGACCGUCGUGAUCCGCGAAUCGCGUGAGGCUCCUCGCCCGCUGCACCUGCCGUGCGCCCCUUUCAGUGUGAUCGGUGGCACAGUGGCACAUAUGCCACGAAUGUCGUCGUGCUCGGGAAGACGCGCGAAAACCAUUGACAGAGGGAAGACGAUGCAGCUUCCGACUUCUUGGAUGUCGAACUCCCCGGUCGGCUAAUCGCGAGAUUAAUCAAUCGCGAGAACGAUAAAGGUCGCGCGUACUUUAUUCUCCUCCCCUCCUCCCUUCCCCCGGUCUUCUCUGUUUCCCGCCCGCGAGAUACUCGAGGGGAUAUUUCCGGGACACCGUGUGUGUUAGUAGUGUUGCGCGAGGUAUAUGGACCAAGCGAGCCGUGGGAAAGGACGGGCUCGAACGGAUUCGCGGUUACUCCUUUCCCGUCGGUUUCUCCUUCUUCUUCGGCUUUGUUUAUCCGCAUCGACGAGGCGACGAGGAGGAGAGGCGUGCUGAUUUCUGUGAUACUGGUGUCGCGCGUGGUGGUUAACGACCCUGUUGUCGCUCAGUGGUGAUAGCCCGACGGUGUAGUGGUGACAAGUUCUGUUGGUGCGCGAGGGUUGUGCCUACGAGAGAGAAAGAGGAGAGAAAUAUACGGAGGAAAAAGAAAGAAAGAGAGAGAGAGAGAGAGGAGAACGUCUCUCGUGCACGCGUGACUUUCAAUUCAUUACCACGGAUCUCCCCCGGCAAUUCAACGCCGCGCCCACCCUCGAUGAGAGGAGGCACAUGUCCAUUGCUGCCGCUGAAAAUGCAGGGCCUGGCCCGUGUGAAUUGCAAGACCCGUUGUGGGUCAAAAUGAGUGCGAUUACUGGCGGCAUUACUAAGAAAAGAAAGAAAUCAGAUGCGAAGCCUCAGUCGCAGAUUAACAAGUGCCUUAACGAAAAAAGACGACGGACCCAAGAGAACUUGUAUAUCGAUGAGCUUGCCGAGCUGAUUUCCGCCACGGACAUGAGCUCUGGCAAGACUGACAAAUGCCAGAUCCUUCAGAGAACCGUCGAUCAGAUUAAGCACUUCAGGCAACAAGAGGGUUCCAAUAGUUAUGCCGUGCAACAGGGAGAAGUGUCCUCGUCGAAUCCUAACAUACUGUCAAACGAUCAAGUUGGCCCUAUCCUACUUGAGGCGCUAGACGGCUUUCUAUUUGUUGUAAAUACAGAGGGUCGCGUGGAGUACGUUACGGAUAACAUAACGCAAUACAUAAACUACACGAAGGACGAUGUACUCGGAAAGGAUAUUUACAACAUUAUUCAUCAUGGGGAUCACAACACCUUUAUGCCUAGUUUAUUACCCAUAUCGUCUUUAGGCUGGACUAGCGAGCCACAGCCUCAAACUAGGAAUCGCACCUUCCAUUGCCGCUUCUUGGUGAAGCCUCCCGAUGAUAAGGACGAGACUGUAGAAGAGAAGCAACAACGAGUAUCGAAAUACGAGUCUAUGCAAAUCUGUUCUGCUCUUCUGCCCAGUAACGCCGAUCGUCUUGAGAGCGGUGAUGUGUCCUCCGAAUCAUCAGACAUUGGUCCUUGUGUGAUGUGCGUAGCACGUAGAAUACCGCCGAACGAGAAGUCCAUUAGUAACGUACCGCAAUUCACCUUCAGAUUGGAACAUAACACAUGGAAGAUUAUCGCGGUCGAUCUUAGUUGGUUGUCGCCCACUUACUCUCAGUACCUAAACAAGGACGUGUUGAUUGGCGCAAUAAUUAAGAAUUUGUGCCACCCUGAUGAUCUCGAUAAACUCACGAAGCAUUUGAACGAUACGGUCCAAAUCGGAGAAAAUACGAGUGAUGUGUAUCGAUUCUGCGUUAGUUCUGAAAAGUACUUUAAUGUUCAAACAAGGUCAAAAUUGUUCAGAACGAAUAAACAAGAUAGUCAUGACUUCAUAAUGGCAACUAAUUCCAUCUUAGGGGACAAUGACUUAAUGCCUAUCGAGGGUGGUCAGCUUUCCAACAACAAAGUGUGCUCAGGACACUCUAGCAACCGUUGUGCGAAUAAUAGUAAUAAUAAUAAUGGUAACAAUAACAAUAAUGUGGGUGGCCCGCUGAUGUCGGUCGCGCAUCUGAACGGUCAAGUGAGUGGUAUCAGUGCUCGCGGUAUGGCGGCAACGGCUGCCACCUCGUCGAACUCUAUCGCCUUUAGCACGGGAAGUGCCGGCGGCGGCGGUGGUAGUGGUGGCGGUGACUCGUGCAACCCUCUGACGUUGAGCACGUCAACCGGCAAUCCGUUCAAUCACUUUUCGGGAAAUAUGGACCUGGAAUUCGAGCUCUUCCCCAGUUCCACGGUAUGGGACUUGGAUAGUAGCGCCGGGUGGACGGAUAGACCGGAAUCGAGAGCAAGCGGGCCACCAAACUCACGACCACCUUCCCAGCCAUCCCCGACAUCACCGAGUUCGCAGGGAACUUUCUCUAACUCGACAUUAAUGCCUAUGGGCCCAAGUCUUAGCCCAAGCGUCGCUCCUACCUUCAGUAAUUCGUUCCCCUUCAGCCCCCUUCAGGAGACCACGCAGACGGCCACGUUGAGCAAUGCCGCUAGUAGUGUCAACACCAAUGGCAGUGGCGGUGGUAGCGGUAUCAACAGUGGCGUCAGUGGCAUCGGGAGUAACACCGCCACAUCAGCUGUUAAGCGGACGGAUGAGAGCAACAAGAGCGGAUGUCCUACUAGUAACAAUGGUGGCAGUAGUUCUAUGGACAAUGCAACUUCGAGGACCAGCAACGCCGCUGUCACCGCCGUUGAAACUCAGAACAACAGUGUUGUGUCCACUGAGUCCGGUAGGCUCAGAAACUUGUUGACGAAGGGCCCAAGCGCCAGUGAGGAUAGCCAGGACAAUACGAACAACGAUUCGGAUAAUCAGAAGCAUCCGAUAUUGAAGAUCCUGUUGAACCAGCAGGACGAAGACGACUAUCAUUUGGAGCAUAAAGUCCGUACGAGUCCUAGCAACAUGCCAAAGCCGAGCAUGGAGCACUCGAAAUCGUCGCUCGGAAAUAACAACAUGUUAUUGCAGUUAUUAAACGACAAAAAUGACGACGAGGACGAAGAGGCACGUGCUGGAGUGAAGAAAAGAAAUGAUCUUCUGCAACAGCUGAUGAAAGAUCAGGACGAGGAUAGAAAGUUACAGGAACAACAGAAUCGGGAGAACGAUCCUCUCUUGCGGAGUCUUGGAUUUAAUCCCGUCUCCACGUCUCCGUCUCCGUCGCAAUCGGCCGAGCACAUUGGUCUCGGGAACACGCAGGUUGGUCAGAAGAGGCCAGGAGAGGACAACGAUUCAAACGUAGCCGUGAAACGACCUGUGGACGGUUCGCAUCAGGUGUCUUCUUCGGGGACGAGUUCAUCGAGUAGUGCCACGAGUAAGCUGUGGGAAAAGAACAAAAUGUUGGCGUCCUUGUUAGCGAAACAGCCACCUCAGCCAACGACUAUCCCACCGAUUCCCGCAUCUGUGAUAUCGGCAACGCCACAGGACAAGCUGCCUCGCUUAAAACAGCAGCAGCAGCAACAGCAGCAGCAACAGCAACAGCAGCAAUCACAACAGCAACAGCCUCAACAACAACAGCAACAGCAGCAGCCUUGGACCGGUGGCAGUAUGCAAAUUGGUGGUAAUAACGCGAUCACGACGACUGCAACGUCGGCGCGUCCUCUCCAAAGCCAGUCGAGACAACUACCUCGUCAAACAACCAAUACCUACCUCAGUCAUGUGCUAAGUCAACAGAGGCCCCAAAUGGGACCAAUCGAGUCCGAAUUUGCGGGUGGAGGAGAAUAUCGUCAGACUGGCAAUGACUCAACUAACUGGGAUAAUCAGUCAUCAGAUCCUGAUCUCUCGGAAAUUUUGGAUCAAGUUAUUGAAAUUGUGCCGGACGAAGCUAUUACAAGAACAGUCAAUUUUCUGCGGGGUAUAAUGCAACGAAUUGUAUGCGGCAGCGAAAAUGCUAUUGAAGUGGACAACAAACCCCUGAACGAUGCAAUGGCAAUUACCGCUAUUCAAAAGAUGUUGAUGUGCGAGAGUGCCAUGAUCUCGACGUCUUCCAGCAUAACUAUGUCUGGCACGCCUCCAGCCUAUUCCACCGCGUUGGGAACCGCGCCUGUGACGACUGCCAGUCACAAUUACCAACCACCUCCUAUGUACCAACAACCGAGGAUGAGGUUCAACGCUCAGCCAGGUAUCAGACAGACCAGCCAGUUUACGCAGUUGCAGUUGCAACAGCAGCAACAACGUUCUAAGCUCAUACAUCAGCAACAACAGCAGCAACAACAACAGCAAAAGCAACGCUUAUUGCAACAACAGCAGCAACAACAGCUGCUUAUCCCAUCGAAUGCUACCGCAACGGAUCAAAUUAGCAGUGGCAUCCAUAAUAUUGAUAACCUUUUGAACAAUACCGUUGCACCGCCGAAUGUGUCGUUGCAGCGAUCGAGUGUCCCAGAUUCACAAGUUUCUCCAGGCUAUGGGGCAUCCGUCCAGAUGGCUGGUCACCGACUCGCUCACUCGUAUUCUCAUCCAUCGACGAUACCACAACACCACAUUGUGAAUAACAAUUUCAAUAGUGGUCAACAAGUGUCCGCUGCGGCAAGGCUCUCACCACAUUCUCCAGCCGGUAUAUUGUCAUUCUCUCAUCCGCAACCAUUGUCGCCACGAGUAGCACAAGGCAAUUACGGCAACACACCGAGAUUAUUCAACGUGAACCAGGUGAGGCCACAGCAGCAAGUCACGGCGCAGCAACAGUUACAACAGCAGCAACAACGAUCGAUGCCCUCGCCGGGGACAGCAGCCUCCGCUCGGCAAUCUCCCUUUCCUGCUGAAGCGUUUCCUCCACCGACAUCGCCCACGGCUAGCCAGUUUCCGCCGGGUCCCAAUACUGGUGCACCGAAUCCAUCGGCCCAGUAUCGGCUGCAACGGACCACAUCUACGCCUUCUGCUACGACUCAAUUGCCAGGUGGGAUUGGCUCCCCUCGGCACUAUGGCGGCGUGAGUAAGGAACAACCUCUUCUUUCACCUAGUCAUUCACACUCGGCUUGCCCGGCAACACCUACUCAUAAUCAACAUAAUGCUACCAAUACACAACACUUCACGAGUCAACAACAUACCCCCAUGUUAUACCAACACACGAAUGCCAACACUAUGAAUACGGCAGAUAUGCAGAACAGUCAGUUCUGUUACGAUCGGUCGUCAGUACCGCUCUAUCCGUCUGGCGGGGAGGCGCAAGAUGCCAGGUCACUACCUUCUGGUAAUCCCGUCAAUCACCAAAUGGGUGGUAACGCUAGUACUUCGGAAUUUGUGCGGCAAGAAUUGAGGGCGAUUGUCGGGGCGCGAACACAGCAGCAGCAGCAACAGCAACAGCAACAACAGCGAGUGCCUAACAACCUACAGAAUAAUCUUUCUGGUCAAGUUUCUCAGGAUGAUUUUGAAGCACUUGGUCUGUCAUUCGAGAUGUCUUCUGCAGGUGAGGCUGUGGUUAGCGAUGGCCCCGCCAAGAUCUGGGGGAGCGCCGGAAGUGCCCCCUCGUCCUCCAGGAUUACUAUAGAGGAGGCACGAGGUGAUCCGACGAAGUCAUCGUUGCUGCAGAAGCUACUGCAGUCCGAGUGACUGCAGGCCACUAUCCCGUCACGCAGUAAAGAGUUAUAUGUAAUAUAUUUUUGAGUGUGCGGAGAGCGAAACGGAGAUAUAUAAGACGUAAAAACGCGGAAGAUAGCGAAAGUGCGAAAGAGAGAAAAUGCGCGAGAAAGAGAGAGAGAGAGAGAGAGAGAGAGAGAGAGAGAGAGAGAGAGAGAGAGAGAGAGAGAGAGAGAGAGAGGGGGGGGGGAGAAUGAGAGUGAGAGUUAUAAAAUGCAUGUACACUUAUACGUAAUGGAUACUAUUGUAUUAUAUGUAACGUCAUACACGGAGUCAGUAUUCAUAUACGUAUCACCAAAUACAAUGCAAAACUAGCGCGUGGUGCUCUCUAGAAUGUUGCCUGUCGAUCAGUCAAGAAGAGAGGGACGAGCGAGAGCAAAAGAGAGAGAGAGAGAAGGAGAAUGAGAGAUAGAAAGACAGAAAAAAGUGAGAUAGAGAUAGAAAGAAAAAGAGAGAUAGAAAAAAGGGGGAACCGGCGGGACCUAUUCCCUUACCUUUUGCUUUUUGAACUCGAAGGACCAAAAGUUUCCGUUUCUGUUUGGCUGUGUCGAGACUUCCUAGCUAAAUUACGCCAUGGAAGUAUCGAAGUCGCAACGUAUCGCGACACGGAGAGAAUCGAUUUGCGGCGUUCGUUCCCGCCGCUUUUUGUUAGUUUUUGUUGGGUUUUUUGUUUUUAUUGGUUUGUUGAGGAAAGUCUCUCUCUCGUCUCGGGCUCUCGUCUCAGGCUUCGGAUGACCUGAAGAUAUAUAUUGUAUACCGAGGAUAAUGCUGUGACGAUUGCAGGCUUAUGAUGAACCCACAUCCGCAUUUUACCUGAUAUGUAUGUAUGCAUGCGUGUAAGUAUGUGUUAAUGUCUGCGCGUGUGCGUGUGUAUCGCGUUCUCCGUCAGUAUUGUAUUUGGUAUAUCACAAAAGCGGGGAAAAAAGGAGAGGAAACUAUAUAUAGGUACCUCAAAAAAGGUAUACUUUAUUAUACCACUGGCUGUUGAAGAUAUAUACUAUUUAUAGGAUUUAAUUAUUCUAUACACAGAAAGAAAAAAGGAAAUAGAGCACUCUAUAUUCACGUAUUCUUCUUAAUUUAACAUUCUUUUUCGACUAUUACAUUUAUGAAUAAUAUAUUUGUGAUUGUAAGAAUCUGCAACCAAAAUGUGACAAAGAAUACUUGUUGUUGUUAAUAUGAUUAUAACUAUUAUUAUAUUGUAAUAACUAUUAAUUAUUUUAUUUUAUUUUAUUAUUAUAUUAUAUUAAUAUUAUUAUUAUUAUUAUUAUUAUUAUUAUUAUUAUUAUUAUUAUUAUUAUUAUUAUCGCGACAUUAUUAUUAUCACUAUUACCAAUAUUCUUGUUGCAAUUGCUAUAUUAUUAUAAUAAGAAUAAUUAUAUAUUAUUUUAUUAUAUAUAUCAAUAUUGAUAUUAUUGAACACUUGGAAUAUGCAUAUUUCUAUUCAAUAGUAAGAGUACCUUUAUAUAAAUAUAAAUAUGAAUAUAAAUAUAAAUAUAUUGUAUAAAUGUAUAUGUAUAUAUAUGUAUAGUGGGUUUAUGUACGCGUUAUAUAUAAAUAAUAGAUGCGGACAUUAUUUAUGUAUAAUCGAUAUAUAAAUUGACGUAUAUUUAUAUAUCUAUACAUGCGAGAUGAAGAAAGAAAGAAAGAAAAGGAAAUCGAUCUUCUAUUUUGCAUAGCUCGGUAAUGAUUCUCUUUUGGGUCUUAGAUGCACACUAAAUUACUUCUAAAUGAACAUUUGUUGUUAUAUAAAUGAAGAAAAGAGGAAAUCUAAUUACACCUACACGUGUAUAUGCACACGAUGCUAUGCGCGCGCGCGCGCGUGUGUGUGUGUAUACGCGUGUAACACAUACAUAUGAAAGAAAUCUCACGCAAGUGUCUUAUUUUUCCAGGAAAUUCACCACUUAUUAAAAAAGUUGGAAGAAAUCGCUACUAGAGGUUUUCGGAUAAUGUGUGAUGAAACUGUCGAGGGCUAGUUUACGCGAAUAGGAACGUUGGCGAGUUUUCUUCCGGAACGGCGAGAUAUAUCGUUUUAAUUACGCGAAUAUGGAUUACGCACGGGAUACAGCCGUUUCUCUUUUCCGUUUCGUUUCAACCGUGAUUUGCAAUGUGAUUACGAUGGACGCGCGCGUGGCAAUUCUAGUGUUUAUUUGGCGUGUAUUUAUAUUUAUAUUAUUAUGCGUCCAUCUUGUUUUUUUUUUAAAUUUUGAAAGUUUUUCAUCGAAGGGAAAAGGGAUUCGCGUUUUGAGCUUUUCGGAUUUAUUUCGCAGAUAUUAGUUUAUAUCGUGUCGUAUUUGUAUUGUUGAGACAUACAUAAUGAAAAAUUAAAAAAAUAAAUUUUUGUUACAUGUGUUUAGUAAAAAAAAAACUGUUAGACAUUUGAACACGCAUUGUUGUUUUACUUUUGUUGUUUCUUAAUAUUUUGUACGGUAUGAAAUUCGUGGCGCGAGGAAACAAGUAUAUGACGAUGACGGUAAUGAUGAGGAUAAUAAUCACGAUAAUGACGAUGACGUUGAUACUGUGAUGACAUUAAUACUUGGCCUGCUCGUCCCCUGUUGCUUUUUCUUCCAAUUGAAAGCAGUUACAAAGUUGUAAUCUCCGUAAAGAAAAAAGAAAAAAAACACAAUCGUGAGGUACUCUGAAUAUGUACACGUACAUACAUAGGCAUGUACUCGCUUGUGAACGCGGAUACGUAUAUUACGCGUACGAGAGGGAUAGUGAGAAAAA